AAACACACACUUAGGAUCCAAGCAUGCCACCACAGCAGAGCUAGGUAUCCGCCUCUCCUCCCCCAAAGUCACCACAGGCGCAGCAGCAGCAGCAGCGGCAGCAGCAGCAGGCUUCCCCCGUCCCACGGAGCCUCCGCCGAGUGAUGCCACUGCUGCAGCGGGAGGAUCAUCGCGCAGCCACCGCGUUUAUUACCCUCGCCUGCCGGAGGACCAAACAGCACCACCGCGGCCUUUGACAGCAGCGGAGAAAGCCACCCCCCACCCCCCUCUCCCGCCCCCCCUCUUUCGGCUCUUCUCCCAUCCCGUCUCCAGGAUGUCCGACAGCAGCGCCAGCCCCGCGGACCGGGUGAUCAAAUCGGUCCCCUUCCCCCUGGCCCACCGCCUCACCAUGAAGGAGGUGUUUGACUCGGAGGGCCGGCCACGGGUGGACCUGCUCAAAGCUCAUCUCACAAAGGAGGGCCGGCUGGAGGAAGCUGUGGCCCUGCGCAUCAUCGAUGAGGGCGCCGCCAUCCUGCGCCAGGAGCGCACCAUGUUGGAUAUUGAGGCGCCAGUCACGGUGUGUGGAGACAUCCACGGCCAGUUCUUCGACCUGAUGAAGUUGUUCGAAGUGGGAGGCUCUCCUGCCAACACACGCUACCUCUUCCUUGGGGACUAUGUGGAUAGGGGCUACUUCAGUAUCGAGUGUGUGCUGUACCUGUGGUCACUGAAAAUCCUCUACCCAAAGACGCUUUUUCUUCUACGAGGAAACCAUGAAUGUAGACAUCUGACAGAAUACUUUACCUUCAAACAAGAAUGUAAGAUCAAGUACUCGGAGCAGGUGUACGAUUCCUGCAUGGAGGCGUUUGAUUGCCUUCCUCUGGCGGCGCUGAUGAACCAGCAGUUUCUCUGUGUGCAUGGGGGGCUUUCACCGGAAAUCCACACGCUGGACGACAUCAAGAAGUUGGACCGAUUCAAGGAGCCCCCGGCGUUCGGGCCCAUGUGCGACCUGCUGUGGUCCGACCCCCUGGAAGACUUUGGCAAUGAGAAGACCCAGGAGUAUUUUGGCCACAACACAGUUAGAGGCUGCUCCUACUUCUACAGCUAUCCUGCAGUGUGCGAGUUCCUACAGACCAACAACCUGCUGUCCAUUAUCAGAGCGCACGAAGCCCAAGAUGCUGGAUACCGCAUGUACAGGAAGAGUCAGACUACAGGCUUCCCCUCCCUCAUCACCAUCUUCUCUGCUCCCAACUACCUGGAUGUCUACAACAACAAAGCGGCGGUGUUAAAGUAUGAGAACAAUGUGAUGAACAUCCGUCAGUUCAACUGCUCUCCGCAUCCUUACUGGCUGCCUAACUUCAUGGACGUCUUCACGUGGUCGCUGCCCUUCGUAGGAGAAAAAGUGACGGAGAUGCUGGUCAACGUCCUGAGCAUCUGCUCAGACGAUGAACUCAUGGACGGAGAGGAAAUCUAUGACGCCAGUGCAGCAGCAGCAAGGAAAGAGGUUAUCAAGAAUAAAAUCCGUGCCAUCGGGAAGAUGGCCAAGAUGUUCUCUGUGUUACGGGAGGAGAGCGAGAACGUUUUAACCCUGAAGGGACUGACUCCCACAGGCAUGCUGCCCAGUGGGGUCCUGUCCGGGGGCAAGCAGACCCUGCAGAGUGCUACCAUUGAGGCCAUUGAAGCUAUCGAGACAGUUAAGGACCCUGAAGCCAUUCGAGGCUUCUCUCCGCAGCACCGGAUCAGCAGCUUCGAGGAGGCCAAAGGUCUGGACCGGAUUAACGAGAGGAUGCCGCCUAGACGCGACGCGGUCAACAGCGUGGGCCUGUCGAUGGGCCGCAUGAACAUGGGCGAACCCAACGGCACCGACAACAACAGCAAUAUCCAGUGAUCGUCAGAAAAAAAAACAAACAAAAAAAACUUUCCCACCUGCCUGCAGUCUCUACAGUGAUAUUUAUCCAGUCGUGUACAUAGGCAUAUAUACACCAGAACAAGUCAUCGCACAUUUAGUAGACAAAAUCACACACUACACUACACAGACAUGAUUAUAUAUAGCCCCUUCCCUGAUGCCCACAGCUGUUAUUUAAAGGCAUGACAUAGCCGGACUUUACCACAGAGAGGCUUUGGGGAGGGGGUUCUUUCCUGAACUGAUCAGCCCGGUUCUUCAGAACCGAGACUCCCCUGUACCUGCACAACAACAGGAGAGCAGAUCAGGACUCUGAAGAGAGCUGCUGCGGUUUGCCGUGUGUUUUGGGGGACGGUGUCAGCGUGAUGUGCCUGCGUCGCUAUGUGUGUGUGUGCUGUGUGUUGGGGUGGGGUGGGGGGUGGGUGCGGGCGGGGAAGGGGGGGGUUGAGAGAUGGCGAUCAAGGCUGGAAACAUUUGAAAUAAAAGGAGUCUCUUCCUUUCUUUUUUUCUGUGUGGAUCCAACAACUGAUGGGGAAGUGGGUCUGGGAGGAUAUACCUGCCAUGCACUAACACCUGUCUGUGAGAAUUAGAUUGAAAAGGUUUUUUUUUUUUCAUGUUUGGAGCUCGCAUCAAGAGAGUCAAUUUAAUGGGUUUAAGAGAUGAUCUCAGCUGUAUUCAAAUCAGAGCCCUCGCUUUCCUUUACCUCUGCGAAUGGUGUUUGCUUCUGUAGGUGUUCUCCUCUUAUAGUCAGGUGGAGGAUUCCCACCCCUCAAUCCCCUCAAUCAGAGCUCUGGUUUCCCAGCCAAGUUGGCUCCCAAGAAAGGCUUGAAGACGGGCUCAUGUAUGAGCAACCCCCCCCCAAUUGUUGCAUAUAAAUACAUAGAGGUUUAUCACAAGGUACAAGAUGCAGUAUAGUAGAAGAAGAAUGCUUUAUAUAAGUGUGAGGGGUUAAAAUGUGAAGUCAUGCCCUCCGUCCUCUUUCUGCAUCCUCCUUUCUUGCCAUGUUGCCGCCUGCUGCCAAACAGCAGCCAUGGCCGGGACUCGCUGGCCUUCAAAGCAGGAAGUGAUCUUUCAGAGGAAAACAGACUCUUCUGGUGAAGGAAGCAGCCAAAGCAGAGAGCAGAAGUCAGAGGAAAAGGUCUUUGUAAAGCAUUUAUAUUAAAGCAUCAAUGCAUGCACAGUUAAGUUCUUUGAUAAUAUGUGAAGAGUAUAUUUGUGCUAUGUGUUUGGCUAUGGUAGGAACUUUUUUUUUCUUCUACUGGGUUUUUUUUGGCUAAUAUAAGCAAACAGAGGUAAGAGGAAACGUUUAUUUUGUAUAUAUUGUUAACUUAAUUUAUUUUUUCUAUUAUUUAGAGUGUUCUCUUUCUUUUUUUCACAACUUGUGUUCUUGGGUUCGUUUUGGACGCUGUACAGAAUGACGGUACGCUUCAAUUCAGAGUGUCAAGUCCACUUUUUCUCCUACUUUCUUCGCCAUUGUACAGGAGUUGUUUUUAAAUGAUAAACAUAAAUAACGAAUAUUAAACUAGCAUCGAUGAAUGACCAUCCUAUAUACCGAGGCACAGGCAUCCAGGCAGCCGAAAAGCAUGAUUGCAUGGUUGAAAUUUGCGCUGUUGAAAAACAAAAAAGCAGCGAACACAUUUUACCAGAUGAGCCGGUGUGUCACAGUUCAACGGAAAAAUAUGUUCUCUCUUUCAUCAUUGAUGAUUCCUCUUGUUAUUUGAUGAUAUUUAUGAUUAUUAUGGUUCUAUUUAUUAUGGACAUUAUUCUUAAUAUGUAAACUCGCUCUCUCUCUCUCUGCUGGUUGCUCUUCAUGUUGCGUUGCUCCUUGGUUGAUCUUGUGCUUCUUUGGGUGAGGUGAACCCCCCUGGGAGACCCUGUGCCAUAGAAAUUGUGCCACGGUUCAGAAUCUUUUUCUAUCUACUCAAAUUUGUUUAUUUUUUUCUGCUGGUUCUUUUUGUUCUGUUUAUCUUGUUAAGUUAUUGUAUGGCUCUUUUUUCCUUCUUUAUUUCUUUACAUUUUUUUUCAUUUUUUUGUUAGUUUUUUUUCUUUAUUCAUUUCUUUUGUUUAUUUCUUUGUUUUUGUUUAUUUUUUGAGUUACUCUUGAUUAUUAAUUGUAACAUUUGUGUUUUUGUUUAUUUAUUUCUUUCAUCUUUUCUUUCUUUUGUUUUUUUGCUGAUUCCCCAUGCACUAACACUGUAAGCAUGACCCAUGGGACGAUCCACUUUUUUACUCUUGAAUAAAAUAUGCAUGAACCUUUA